AUGGCGCGCUCCGAGUCAGAUAAGGAUAUCGAUGCCAACUAUGGCCUACUCAACAAUGAGGAAGCCCAGAAUUGGAGUCAUGAUGAGAAGCCGCGAACUAGAUCGCAUGGGAACUGGCUCAAGGCCUUGCUCUAUGUCACGAUAGCGGUUGUUUCGUGCUUGGUUGGACUCUUCAUCGGACAUCAACUACAAGACCUCGAUAGGGUCUGUACUCGUCAUGUCUCACAUUAUUCACCUGUUACCUCGAACGUCGACAUAACAUUUCAACCUCAGCGGUUUAAUGGUUCGCUGCUCAAGGAGAACAUUUACCGUCAAGAUGCCAGCCCGGAGGUCGAUGCAGCAUGGGAGGCAUUAGGUGUAAAUUAUAGAAGUUUGCGUGUUCCUGCCGAAGUAGCAGAAAAGUCCGGACUGGCGCGAGACCAGGUCAAAAUCAACCAGAAGUAUGGAGGAGGCUAUCCAGCGAAUGUAGAGGGCUUCCAUCAUCUACAUUGUCUAAAUCUACUGCGCCAAACGCUCUACUACAACUACGAUUACUACCACAAGCUCGGUCAAGGGGCUUUCAAGAACGACGAUUUUAUCGUCCGACGGCACGUUUCCCACUGUCUGGAUAUCCUACGACAGCAACUCAUGUGCACCAUUGAUACUGGAGUCCUCGGCCAAGUCUGGAUCCAUCCCGAUCACCCAGAGGCGUAUGUGGACUUCAACACAGAGCAUCAGUGCAAAAACUUUGAAGCUAUCCGCCAGUACGCCGAGAAGAAUCAGCUGCCGGCACAGAUUCCAAAGGAUUUCUUGGAGCCACCUAAGCCAGGUGAUAGAGUCUAUGAUGAGAUUCCAUAG